GAAUAUUCGGUCUUUUGGGUGCGAGUGGUUCGGGAAAGACGAGUCUCUUGCGUCUAAUAUUGGGUCGAUUGCGGCCUAAGAAAGGGCUGAUUAAGGUGUUUGGCGUACGACCGGGCAGUUCAAAGUCCAAUAUACCGGGCAAUGGGGUCGGGUAUAUGCCUCAGGAGACGGCACUAUUCAACGAAUUCACCAUAACUGAGAUUCUAUACUAUUUCGGAAUUGCUUAAUUUGCCCC